GUAAUAGAAGAGGGGGUGUAUCUCCCUAGGUUAGUUUGUUGUACUGUACAGGGCAGGACAGGCUAAAUUCGUGUCGGGUGUAGGGUUGUUUUGUAAUCUAGUAGUAGCGGUACUCUACUGUGUAGGAGGGCAGUGUGCAGCUGAAAACAACAUCCUGGUGUGACCACAACCGGGGUUGCAUUUAGCCGAGGCUUGAGUGGAGAGAAGAUAGGACACGACCAUACUGAGGAAUUCGUGUUUGUUUUUGUAAGCAUCUGUCUGAGGAUUUUUUUUUUUUAAAUAAUGUACACAAUUUAGAAAAUAACACAAGACCGCCGUGCUUAUUGGAUGAAACCAAAGUGCAGAAGAAAGGUACAAAUAAAACUGGACUUCUCACAAUGAACUGGCUGGCAAGCUAUUAGAUCGAUGUAAGAACUGAAAAGGAACCAACUUUCAUUAAAGUGGAGACAAGUUGAGGAAAGUAAAAAUAACCGGAUUAAAUAUUAAAUGCUACAGAUACUAUUCGUAUGCAAAUACCAAGAGGGCGAUACGAAAGUACUGCGAUUUAAGCAAAUGUACAGUGGGGCUAGGGGUCGGAGCCAGCUUGAGAUGGCAAAGCAAAACAGCGAAGCGAAAAAGCGGAAGGAAAUGAAAAAAAUUACUUUUAAGUUACUAGAAUUAUAGAAAAAUUUAGCAUGUGAAGCUGUCGAACGACGAACCGAAUAAAUAGAGACCCGAGGCUUUGUGGGGGGAGGAAAAACAAAACUUGACAAACCAAAACAAUGCUUUAAAUAAUGUUGGGGAAAAAAAUAUCAGCUCAAGAAAUAUUUCACCCACACACACACGGAUGAUUAAAAGCACGACGUGGAUUUUGACUGCGGCUAUUCUCACCUGAGCGCACCUACCUGACUGCGCCUCUGUCAUAAUUAGUAACCGAAACUUUGUUUGACUCUUAUGGCUUCUUCUUCUGAGCAACCGGUGCAAACCUCUCGGCGAAAUUAAUAAAACCAGACGAAAAAGAUAAAACAGGAUUUGGUCGUGUUUUCGUUUUUUUUUUUUUUUUUUUUCACAAGAUGGGGCGAAAGAAAAAAACCCUGCAUGACUACGCGGCGGAGUUCCACGACCUGGCAGUAAAGAGACACGUCGUGGAGCAGCACGACUCCGGGGAAAGGACCCGAGUGGAAAUCCUGUACUGUAAAUCCUGCGAGGUACCGGUGAGGGUCCGCAGAGACAGGAUACUCGAGCACCUGGCGUCGGCCAGACAUUACCGAAACAGGAGGCUGAUCAAGCAACAGUGGGACAGAAAGCCCGUACAUGUAUCAGCACCAUCGGACCUCCACUUACCUGUCAGACUCGACUCAUCUUCCCUGGCCUCUCAGCCUCCCCUCCUGCCGGGCACUCCCAGCUCCUCCGUCUCCUCCUGCUCCAGCAGCCUCCCUCCCCCGUCUCUCCCACUGCGCUCCAGCAGCAAGAGCUCCACCUCUUCUGCAGCCACUUCCGAGGCCACUCCCUCCACCUCCGACAACCAACCACACAACUUCUCCAGCGGGCGUGUCAGGAGCCCGCCUCUCCCUGGCUGGCCAACCAGUCCCUGGCUGGAGACGACCAAUAGUGUUGGCCUGCGGGCGGGCGCAGGGGGAGGGGCUGGGCUGGGAGUUGGGGUGGGGCUGGCUCUCUUUGGGGUGAGCAGUGGCAGCAGGGCACUGUGCCACAGUCUGGUUGUAGAGAAUGGCUGCCAGCUGCUCUACAUAGUGGAGGAUCAGCGUUGGGAGUUGGAGGGUGUCUUCAGCCAGGAGCAUCUGACCCACACCAGGAUGCUGCGAUCCCGGGACACCGACAUCGUGCUCAGAGAUCAGUGCGUUUCAGGGGUGGUGGUUUGUUCCCCUCCAGACGAAGCCUCAGUAAUAGUUCUGGAUGCCUUGCGAGCAGGUAAAGGGGUGUUCUGUGAGAAGCUUCCCAGCCUGAACAGACACAUCGCGGAGUCGUGUUUUGAUGAAGCCAGCCGCUGCGGAAAGCCUCUGGUUUGUGGAUUUUUCAAGCGUUUCGACCCAGCCUUGCAGUUUCUGUACAAGAGGGUCCGUGAAAAUGAAAGGCUGGGUAGAAUUCAGAGGAUAUCGACUGUCAGCAGAAUGUAUCCCCCUACCUCAGUGGCAGCGAUCAAAUCCUCAGGUGGGAUAUUCUACAACACAGCGGUGCACGACAUUGACGUCAUCUGUUGGCUGCUGGGAGAAAGUGCCCCAGAUACCAUCUUUUCUCUCGGACAUGCAUUCUGCAGAGAGAUGGCUGCAGUGAAGGAACCCGACUCGAUCUCUGUCAGCAUGAAGUUCCCCAGCGGUGCCAUCGUCUCCCUGGACACCAGCCAGCACUGCAACAAGAGCUGUGACCAAAGACUGGAAGUGCACGGGACAGAGGGCUCCCUGCAGAUGGACAAUCGCAACCCCUUGGGAAUCUCGGACCACAGCACCUCAGCGGCUCUGUGUAUGCAGGACACUGCAGAUCGCUACAGAGAUGCCUACAGAGAGCUGCUGCGGCACUUUCUCAGGACACUCAGAGGAAGGGAAAGCCCUUUCUUCACCAAAGAGCAGUACUUGUGGACAAUCCAGGUGGCAGCCGCAGCAGAGCAGUCGUGGAGGAAUGGCUCGGCCGUGGACCUGCGUAACGAGGCUCUCGACACCACUAUCAUCAAGACCGAGGUGCAAUGAGGGGCAGCCUGGAGCCCCGGAGCCACGCAGCCUGGAGCCCUGGAGCCACGCAGCCUGGAGCCACGCAGCCUGGAGCCACGGAGCCAUGCAGCCUGGAAUCAUGCAGCCAGGAGCCCCGGAGCCAUGCAGCCUUGAGCCCUGGAGCCACACGGCCUUGAGCCCUGGAGCCACGCGACCUUGAGCCCUGGAGCCCUGGAGCCACGCGGCCUGGAGUCCCGGAGCCACGCGGCCUGGAGCCACGCAGCCAGGAGUCCCGGAGCCAUGCAGCCUUGAGCACUGGAGCCACGCAGCCUGGAGCCCUGGAGCCACGUGACCUUGAGCCCUGGAGCCAUGCAGCAUGGAGCCCUGGAGCCCUGCGGCCUAGAGCCACGCAGCCUGGAGCAUUUUUGAUACUUGACAGGAGUCUUUUUUGUUUUAAAGCAGUUGUCACCGUUAUGUACAGAGUGAAUCAUUUUCUCUGUGUUCAUUCAGACGUUUAUAAAGGACAAGGAUUUUCCAAAUUGCCCUUUUAGGACGCAAUCAUUUCAAUGGAAGUCAAGCUGCUGACGUUUUUGACACCAUGCAGGUGCAUCAAGAAAGCAGGCUUUAACAAGGGGUAAACAACCCCACAACCAGGAGCGACAGUAACGCGUGGCUUUUAAAAGGUUCCCCAAAUUAAGGCUUUUUUUCAAUCUCUUUUUUUUAAAUUAAAUAAAGUCAGGCCAUGCAUUCUUCAGUAUCUGUGUCUGUAUCUGUGAUCUGUAUAUUGGCAAUGACUACUCCCUACUGUUCAUUAUUCUACAAUACUGCAUCACCUCUUGGCCAGUCCUUGCAUUGAUUUUUAAAAAUUUUUUUUUAAUGAAUUUUAUUUAUUUAUUUGUCUUGAAUAUGUAAUUCCCUGCAGAGCUUUCUAACCCUCCUGGCACGGUGUAUUCCAGAGCAGAAGGGCGUGUGGUUGCGUGGUGGAAAUUUGUCCUUCUUUAACUAGCUAACCAUGGACAAAGCAUUAUUUAUUUUUUCCAUUAAAAGAUCACUAAACAAGAAAA